AUGAACCGUCUGCGCAGACAUCGCCCGUGGAACCGCUCACUGUUCAGCCUGAGAUCCUCGCACAACAGCGAAGACUCUAAGCUUACGAACAAAUCCAGUGACUCUAAGCUCACUCACAAAUCCAGCGCCGAUAACUCCCCAGGCUCUGAGCAGUGGUCUGAUGCCAUCGAAGACCAGCGAGACGGCUUUUACAGAUACUCGGAAACUCUGAUUAAUGACGCUGAGGAGAUGCUUCAGAUGAAUAACCAGAAGCAUUAUCGGGAUAGUGAGGAGGGCAGUGAGAUGUCUCUUGAACAGCGACGACAUUCGUCUCCCUACACCGUUAGCAGUGGUGAAUGGGUCGUAGCCUUGGCCCACAAUCCAUCUUCGCCUUCUCCAUACCCGUCACCCCGGGCUUUAUCGCUCGAUGAUUUGGAUGCAGUUGAAGUAUCGAUGCACUUUGGGGGAGUGCUUAGAAUAUUUGCCCAGGUGUACGCCUUUGCAAAGAUUCUCCAAAUCAUCUUUGUGGGAUUUGAUGUUGAGCUUGACAUGAGCAAGAGAACUGGUCUCAUGUACUGGAUUGAACAAGCAGAGAAUCAGGUCCGUACCGACUCGCUUGCCGACCUCAUCGAAAUCACAGAAAACUUGUUCUACGCCAUUUCUGCCAGAGUCGACUUCGAGAUGGCAGCCGUCGAGCUGUGUUCCUUGUUCAACAUUCCCCUCCGUCCCACGAGAAUACGAGAUAACAAGUUCUUCAUGCCGGAGCCUUCCCAUCUGUAUCGUUUAUUGCUAGCGAUCAAGAUUUUUCUCGAACACCCAAGUAUUUGCGAGAACCGUGAAGAAGAUCUUGUGACUCGCUUCCAGGAAGAAUAUGUCCGUGUACUCAUCUGCAAGAACUCACGGCUGGGGGCAUUCAUCGCAGACGAUCUCCUGGGCUUCCGCCGUCAUAUAUUCAGUAUCGCUUCGAACCCAACGUCUGCCUUUUGCCAGAAAUGGCUCGCACGCAUACCAAUAUUCCUAGAAAUCCCCCCUCAGACCAUUACCUUGCUCGCAGAGAAAUAUUGUAGAUACAUCCCAAAGGCUUGGCCUGUUAUGGAUACCCCGCUGGCGGAACUGCCGUUCGCAAACCUAGCAAUGAUUGACCCAGCCCGUCGGCAGAAGGAUAUUGUUGAAAGUCACCGAAUUGGCACAUUGGCCCGUCUGGAGAGCAAAUCAAUCGGGGAAGCUCGUCGUGAAUAUCAAACGUUCCGCCUACUGCAUUUGGUGAAGCACUGUGCAUGCAUUUGCGAGUCCUCGUGUUUUUGUGCUGUCGACUGCACUAUCCUGGUGCACCGGCUUUGUCCCUGUGCUGAACGUCAGCUGCGCACCCUGAUUGCCCUCAACCGAAAGACCACUGGCCGUUUUGACUUCGUCACUCGGGUGAAUACACUGGCUGCUGUUGGGUUUCAAGGCCUGGCUACCCUAAGGUACGAUGUUAGCGAAGAUCGUAUCUUGCUUGAGUUGAUUGAUAUUUGGAAUUUGAUUGGGACAGAGAUCCAGAAGGAACGAUCUACUGGCCCGGAGCUCAACUGGCUCAAAUUGUAG